AGGGAACGAGCCCCUUAGCUCCCAUUGGGGGCGGCAACGCCGCCCCUUACGCAAAGCCUCAGUCUCUUGGAGCCUUUUACCAGCUGGCCCUACUGUUGCUGCCACUCUGAUAAUCCUUCUCAGACAAGGCCAGGCUGAGGGAAAAGAACUCCCGUGUUGAGGGUGACAAGAGGCCAGGGGAACCAGCAUACCAGGAAACCAGGAUGCUUACAAAAUCUGUGUGUCAGGAUUAGGACAAAACCCUGUACCACAGAAGAGCUCUGUGAACCAGAAAAAGGACUGAGGCCACCACUCAGACUGGAAUAUCAGGUCCUAGAGUGUCUUCAUCCUGAUUCCACCCAGUUGCGGUUGUCCCUCUGUUCCCCAGGGACAACUCUCAUUCUGUUUCCAUACACCCCCAGCGAAAGAAAAGCAACAAGCCAAGCUUAGAUGCAGGCUCUGGACUGAGCACACCACAGCCAGGUAGAAGAGGCUGCUGCGGCCACACUCUGCACAGAAAGCAGUCUUGACCAGCAGCCACAGCUGGCCACAGAGAUCCCCAUACUGACUGUUAGGUCUCUAACCACUGGUCUUGUCCACCCCAUCCAUUUCCCUCUUGGAGUCAAGGCAAUGUUGCCUCAAAACAAGAACCAGGUGCUGCUACAGAAUGCAGUACCGCCAGCGUGUUUCCCUCAUGUCUUCUCACAGUUUGUGGACUCCCCUCCACGCAACUUAGCAUCUCCUUCUCCCCAUCAGACCCUCCCUUCUUCCCACUUUCCUUUGCCCGCCACCACGCAGACCCACUUUCCUUUGCCCGCCACCACGCAGACCCACUUUCCUUUGCCCGCCACCAUGCAGACCCACUUUCCUAGACCUUACUUCUACUCUUUGGACUCUAAUUCUGACUUUGUUCCUCUUCCUUCCUCUUCCUCUCUACCAAGAUCCUCUUCUUGCUUUCGCCAAAACUGUACUUAUUUUGGUGAAAAACUCCCCUCUCCACACUCCACCUCUCCCUCCAACUAUCAGCUCUAUGUCUCUCCCCCUCUUACCUGCUCCUUUCUUUCCCAGCUACAAAAUUCCUCUUCUCGUUCCUGUCAGUCCCCUUCCCGCCUCCAGAACUUUCAAAGCUCCAAGAUCACUUCCCCCGGCCCCAGCUCACCUUCUGGAGGGAUCCAAAGUAAGAAGCAAGCAGGGCAGCGUCCUCAGUCCAGAAGCACCAGGUCCUCUAAGCGGGGAAGGGGAUGCGUGCCAAGUAAGGUGAACCCUGCAGAAUUCAAGGACCCAGGGGCCCUCACCCAAGUCCUGGUGGACCAUGUGGGGCGCAGCAGAAUUGCACGAGACCUGCAAAUACAGCUUCUGCAGCGCCUGUGGCUUGGCACACCCGGCCCGGCCCCAGUCGUGGAGUACCCCAUAUGUCUGGUGUGUCUCCAACUCCGCACCCCAUCUUGCCCCACCUCCAAGUACAAGACUAUACCCCGGCUGCUUGCCUUCCCUAAACUACUGCCCUGUGCCCAGUGCCAGGAACCUGGGCCUCUCCGAAUAGGCAUUGGCUUCGGGCUCCGCCUGACUCGGGGCCAGGCCAAGGCUUUGAAUCUGCUGCCUCCAAAAAACCAAAGGAAGUAAAUUUAGUCUAGGAAAAGGCCCUCCACAGUCAAAAACCGGCAACCCAGGGACCAAUUCAAAUCACCCACACACUCUUCCAGCCUCCGGUCUGUAGACCUUCAAUCACUAAAACCCAGCCAGUGUUCCAAGUCUCUACUUCAGGAGCCAAGACUGUGUCCCCAAAGCCCACGCCUUCUGUCUCAAAGAGGCCUGUGUGUCUAGGGUUUAUUCUCCGAAAAUUGACAUCUUAAUUCCAGAGCAGCAGAGACCCUCUGGAACACCACCUCAAACUUCACCCUCCCUACCAUAACUUCUCAGACCUUGGAGGACUGGAAGCCAAGUGUGUUCUCCUGCGCUGAGCCCUGGCAACCCCUUGUGGAGUCUGCUCUCCCCUAGUUGAAAAGACCAGAGGCACCCAAGUCCUCAUUCAGCCUUUAGUGUAGCCAAUAAAGCCUCUCUC